CGUCGACUAUCCAAAUGAAAAUAUGGUAGCGACCAAGGCACCAUCCACCAAGCAACCGAAAAACGCAAAAGGAUUAGUUCAAACACGGAUAGGGCCUACUCGGAUAACUAUCAAACCUAAAAAAGGUCCGCUAGAAGAUGAAGAAGAAGCACCAGUAGAAGAGCAUUUUAUCUUGCGCAUGCCUUCAGGCGAGCCUGCAGAAAAACUUCGAGAGGCGGUGAAAGCACGUGAGAUACCAGAGGACUUCAACGUAACUUUUUAUGAUCCACGCCGGGCGACUUUCCGCCUAGGUGCGGAUAGCUACAGGGCCAAACUCGUUGACCUCCCCUGUAUCAUUGAAUCGCAUAAAACAUUGGACAAUAAGCAGUUCUACAAAGUCGCGGAUAUUUCACAAAUGCUGGUUGUCGACGGGCCAGCUCAAACGACACCACCGCAGGAACCGCAACAACCCCUGCAUCAUGACGAAUAUACCUGGCCGCAUGGGCUUACGCCACCGUUGUGGAAUGUACGAAAGCGGAGGUUUAGAAAGAGAAUAUCGAAAAGGACAAUUGAAGAUGUAGAGAGGGAGGUCGUGCGUCUAUUGGAAGCCGAUGCUCAAGCGGAAAAUGUGCUCUUUGAGGUCGACGAUGGAACGGACAGAAUUACAGCAGAAGGCUUUGACGAAGGUGACGAAGAUGCAGAAGGUUCACCAGACGAAGAAGGGGAAGAAGAGACGGCUAUGGACGUAACUGAGGGCGGUGAUGAAGAAGAUGAUGCCCUCACAGCGGCAUGGGAGGAAGCGCUAGCCGAGCAUGCAGAGGGAGAUGAAGAUGAUGAUGAGGAAGAGGACGAGGAUGAAGAGUCCGAAGAUGAGGAUGAGGAUGAAGAAGAAAGCGGUGGAGAAGGUGAUGCCGAAGGUGACGAGGAGCUCGAUAAAGCUCAAUUACAGCAGCAAGUCGAUCAGUUAUCUGCCGAAAUCAGAGACUUGGAGAGCAAGAUUGAGGACAAUAGGGCGAAGCUCGCUGUGCAGAUUAAUCCCAUCAUGAGGAAACGAUUCGAAGAUAUCGUUAAGCGGUUCACUACGCAACUUCAUAGCAAGCGAGCUGAGCUGGUAGAUCUGCAAGCAGGUCUGAUAUAGUACCUACCUUCCACAUUGCUUUUCCUGUCGGCUUUCCUGUAAAUAUUCGUGUAGAUACGCUACUGUAGAUAUUCCAAGAAUAAUGGGCAUUCCACGCUCGGCUUUGGACCUCUAAUUUGGCCAAAACCAUCUAAUUCCAC